UGGUCCAGUAGCUGCGUCUUAAUUGAACGUCUCGUCGCAGGUGGCGCCUUUCGAGCGCACAUGAGGGAAGUCUCAUCCGGCAUGUCUGGCAAAAAGAAACUAGAAAUCAUUUGGUUUGUUGCCGCUAUUUACAUUUUGACACAUGACCCUUGUGGCUCGGUGAGUUUGGAGAAGUUGGACGAUGAUUCUGGCACAAGAAAAGUUCAGGAAUCGACCGCGCCUAAGUGGAUUCCACUUGACUCCCGUGGGUAUAAACGGUUGCCAGAUAAUAAAAUAACAAGUGAGCACAAACUGCACAAAAGUGAGAAGGCAAAUUUAAACUUACACCACGCGCGUCAAUUAUCUACUCUCGAUGAAGAAGCGCUAUUGCGUCAUUUUCAGGAAAAUGGCAUCCAAUUAAAAAGCUUGUCGUGGACUAAUGGGAACGUGAGCAGGCACCAGGGGUCUCCUACGUACAAGUCUGAAAAAGGAUUUCAGUCCGACUACACGGGUUUUCGCCCUGUCCAAGGGGAAAUCUUGGGCCUUCCUGCUGACACCACUCAUUUGUUAGAGUGGCUGGCUAUGAGACCUUUGGUACAUUGUGAUCAAAAUGUCAUGACCUUCACUGCCUCUGGAGGAGGAUUCACAAACCUGUUUGUGGGAAGAGAUGGAGGUGCACCUAUCUCACUCUUUGAUCUACCCUCCCUCUGUGGUUUCUCUGUGAAGACUUCAUGGAGUGAAUUGGAGAUGACAGUGCCAUAUGAUGCAUGUUACAUUAUACAGGAGGAUGGUAAGAUCGUCCUACCUCUGGAGUGGAGGGGUAGCCCUCUGAAGCUCUCUUGUCCCAUGUGGAGACCCUUACCUGCUCCCACAGUGUACUGUUCCCCCUAUGGCAUGGUAGUGCACAUAGUCGGUCAGACGGAAGAUUUGCCUACAUUGGGUUUUAAAGUGAACGGGCGUUGGGGACCAUUGUUGGCUGAUGAGUGUGCCAGUCUUGUUCACUCCCACCUUGGGGAGUUUCUAUUCUUUAUAUCCACCACAGCCUCCUGUAUAGUUGUUGAACAUGGAGUGCACCUCUGGCUAAUCAUUGAUGAGCUGGAAUACACUCUCUCUUGUCCCGAGUUCCUGCCUGUUCCUCCCCCCUCUGCCAGUGAACCUCAGUUUCCAUUUUUUCCUGAACCCAUCACUCCUCCUCCCCCAUCUUCCCCUCCCCUGACUCCAUCAUUUUUGGAUCCAAUCUACCUGCACCCUGAGUUCCCCCAGAUUCACCCCCCUGCACCACAACUGCCCCAAGCUCCUAUACCCACUGCAGACAGCCCCCCAGGACCCCAGCCACAGCAGCCUCUUCAUACCUUUACCUUUAACUAUGAAGGGAAUUACAUCAAACCAAUUAUACCUGAGUCACCUCCAGUGAAGAUGCCACCUCCAAAAGAUCCAAACUUGAAUGUAGAACACAAUGUUUUUACUUUUCACCCAAAUUUCCCAGUUCCCCAUGAUCUCUCGAGCACUUAUGAAUCAUACUUCUUGUCAGAGUCUACAAAACCCACAGUUUCUCCUGCUACAACACAGACACCAAGCCUUCAACAUCUUUAUCUCAAUGCUCAUUAUUUUCAAAUGCCUUUCCAGCCUACACCUCAACAAACCCCAACACCCUCUCCUCCCCCUCUUUAUGUUCCCCCCCAAAUGCCCGAGAUGCCCCCGGGUAAGUUCUAUUUUCCAUCUUACACAGAUGUUUCUUACAAUCCAUAUCAGUUUUACCAUCAAACAUCAGUUAAUGUGGAAAACCAAUCACCCGCUGUUACACCUCCUGAACUCUAUCUUAAGCACUGUUCUCCUUAUGGGGGCUCAGUGUGUUCCUAUUACCCCAAUCCAUACUACCCAUACUAUGAUCCACAGUCUCCCAUGUUUCCUCAACUACCCACUGUACCCUCAAGUACCCCCCCUGUGCCAGCCCACCCCCCUCCACAGGAAGUGCAACACUAUUGUCUGAAGGACAGGAUUCUUGUCCAUUUACCAUUCGCACAUCCAGACUCCAUACAGGUUCGAGAUCAAACAAACUUGUGGCAAUUCAUUUCUAAAACAUUUCCAUUUUGUUGGUACAACCUGCAUUCGUCUGACAGUGGAGGUAUAAUUCUUCACAGUCCCCUGCAUGGUUGUCACACACAUCUAAAGCCUGACACUUCCACAUCGUUGUGUCUGCGUUUUUGGGACAUGUCUCUUGCACACUUCAGGACAGUGGAUGUGCUCUGUCCUGCACAAACUAUAACUCCACCGUCAUUGACUCCAGCUCCUCCGGCUCCUCCAGCUCCACCCUUCACCCCAGGGCCUCAUAAGCCUGAAGUGGUCUGCUCUCUCGAUCAAAUGACUGUGGUAUUUCCCUAUGGGACCAGUUUGGAGCUCAUUGUUGAGGAUUUGAAUGGGAACAUGAUAAAUCUUCAGGAUGUUGCAAAGGACUGUGGGUAUUCUGCAAGCCUAGCCAAAGAUGGAAAGAUCGUUUUGAGCCUCCCCUUACAUUUGCGUUGUCACAUGACUUUGCAGGGUUCUAUGUACGUCAUCAACAUGGUGUACAAAACAUAUGCAGGGGCAAAGGAGGCACAGUUUUCCUGCCCGAGAGGUGUUGCCCCAGUCACUAGUCAUCAAGAGUGCAACCUUCCCCAUGAACAACGCCUCCCCUGUGGACCAGGCUCUAUGUCCCAGCCACACUGCCUCUCUAUGGGCUGCUGCUUUGGCGAAUACCCGCCUACCUGUUACUACCCCAUGGAUGAGUGCACUGCUGACAGACACUUCGUCUUCUCUGUGCCUGCUUCUCUCAUGGAGCCACCUUUGUCUCUGGCUUCUCUCGUUGCCGGUGGUAACGCGUCCUGCACCCCCCAGAAAGUGACAUCUAACUAUGCUUUGUUUAAGAUUCCUAUGGAUGCCUGUGGAGCGCGCAGGAUGCAAGUGGGAAAAACUAUGAUCUACAUGUUAGAAGUCAACAACAUUGUUAACAGCAUCAGCCUCAACUAUGGCACAAUCACAAGAGACUCGCCUGUCAGAUUAUUGGUGGAGUGCAGAUUUUUGCCAGGUAGUGCCCUCACUGUCAGCUAUAUGGUGAAAACGCCAUCUUUGGGCCCUGCCGUUCAAACUGAAGGAGUUUUUGGAGUACAGCUGAGGAUCGCCAAAGACCCACAGUAUAAGAGCUACUACCCACAGUAUCACCAGCCCCUGCAGAUGUUGUUGGGUAAACCACUCUACCUGGAGGUGCGGCUGCUCAACUCCCCUGACCCCAGUUUCGUGCUGCUCGUGCAUUACUGCGUGGCCUAUCCUCGCUCUGGGAAAGCCAUCUGGGUGUUGCUUUAUAACGGAUGUCCAAAUCCACUGGAUCCUGAUCCCAACCAGAUUGUUCUGUCAGAUCCUAAAGUUCCAGCUCGUGCCCAGACUCGUCGCUUCACCAUCAGCACAUUCCAGUUUCUUCCCGAUGGAGAGUUUAAGGAUUCAAAUGAAGAGAUCUACUUCAUGUGUUCAACUGAGAUUUGCUCGCCGCGGGAUGGUCCAUGUGUAGAAGGAUGUUUUGGUCCAUGACGCUGCGUGGAAGAUGUUUCUUGUUGGUUUAAAUCAUAAUGAGCUGGCCUCACCAUUUUACCAACAAUAAAAAUGUCAUAAUACUUGA